CCGCAACUGAAGCUUCAUUCACAUCAACGAUAUUGGGUUAUUUCUACUUGUGUUGGAUUGAGUUGCUUGUCGGUUGUUGUUUAUCUUUGUUAUGUGUAGAUGGUUUGAUUGAUUGUAUUGAAUUAUCCUUCUAUGUUAUGAUUGCAUGUACUUUGCUUAAUUCAAUUCAAGCUCACCAAAUGUUGGAUGAAAUGUAUCAAUCAUUUGUAGUCUAUUUAUUGAAAACAAAAUCGGUUAUUUAGAUUUUUAAACUUCUCUUUUUUAUGUUGAGUCCAUGUAAAUAUUAAUUAAUAUGAUUUAUCAUGCUUUUCUAAAUUUUCUUAUUAUCUAUCUUUUGCUGAAGUAGAAACAAAAUAUUAGUGUACUUAAUAAUCUGGGAAGAUUAUCAUAUAUUGAAAGAUGUGCUGCAUGCAUCUUGAUCAGCAUCCACAAUCUAACACCAAGUUUGGUUUCCUAUGAAUCAGACUUCCUUCAAAGUUCAAACACAUAAUGUGUGUCCAAAUCAUUUAGGUAUUAUUCCUAACAAUUCAUGUGUUCUUGCUGGCAAGUUCUCAUCAGAAUCUUAAGGAAUUGUUACAAUCAUUUAAGCAUAUAUUGACAUUGUUACAAAUCAAAUAACUUGGAAAACAUGAUAAGACAUUUUACCAUAAGAUAUUUGUAGAUUUAUCUGCCGUGUCAUCUUGAAUUAUAUUUGUUUAGACAAUGUGACAUUACAAGCAAAUCAAUAUGGAAAAAGGUCUAUUGGUAACUUGAUAACAGAUGACUUGUAUUUUAUGAAAAUUACAUGUUAGUAACAUAAAUGAGCUUUAGCUUUCAAGGAUUAUUUCAAGAUAUUAUUUUAAUUGUUACUACAUUUUUGCAGGGACCACUAGGAAAAACACCAAAUUACCCAUUUCAACUGAUGCUCAAUUGAGAACAAUGCGAAAGGGAUCUGACGACCAUCUUGUUCUAAACAUCGAGUCUGGGUCUGAUCAUUCAAUUGCAGCAAAGUCUGAUGCUAAAGAUAUGCAGUGGUAGGUGUUUUGUCCCAGUCUCAAGCCGACAAUUCUUUUUGAGUGUAACUAGUAGAAGUCUAGUGAAAAUACUGAAGAAGUAUGACAAGAGAACAGGAGCACUUAUCAGGCAGCCCUUCAUCGAAAAGGUGCCGCAGCAGCCAUUCUUUACAACUGAUCUCCUAUACAAACUCGUGAAGGAGUGUGUGGCUAUGCUCGACCACCUCUUCCCCAGCAACAACCUGUCAAUUUUAGCAGAAUGCGACGGACAAAAUGGAGUGCCAAAGCCGGCAUAAUCAGGUGGGAGGGUUCCAGAGUUGGAGGAGAUUAAAUAUAUGCAGAGCUUAUACAUGAAGAGCACCGUAGCAGCGCUGCGGUCCUUGAAACAGAUUAGGAGCAAAAGUUCA